AUAACUAACUGUUUUUAUAAAUAAUCCUCUUACUACAGUUCAUUAUCAAGCACAGUUUUCAAAUUUAAAGUGCAAAAAUGGGUCGUGCUGUCUUGCUUUUCUUGGUUAUCGCAUUCCUACCUUUUGUGGAGCCUGUUUCCUCGUUAACCGUUUUCGAUCUCAGUGCAACGAUAACUGAACUUACAAAGACUUUAUUCGAUACGUUUCUGACAGUAAGCGAUCUUACUGACAUAGUUGAUAUUGACACUAAAAAGGAAAAACUUUUAUUUUCGCGUUUGGAUACCAUCACAGUCCAGAUUGGAGAAAUCAGUCAGCGAAUUAAUCAAAUUGACGAAAAAAUUGAUGUCAUUUCACGGAUGUUAAAAAAUUUACGGAAAGCAAUUCAGUUAGAGUUAGUGUUACAUGAUAUCCGCAGUAAGCAAAUCUACCUGAAUACAUAUUACGGGACUAUGGAAAAAUAUAUCAGAGAUAUGGAGAAAUAUGAAAAUUCAACUUUGAUUAAUUUUGCUGAAGGAGUAGUAUCUGGUAAUCCUAGCUCGGUCCCGUUUUUAAUGGAAGCGGUAUAUCAACAAGUAAUAGCUCCUAAUUUCUUUCAUCAUUUUUUGAACCGUUUUGACCGCACAGACGACGAUCUUUUUUGCACAGAAAAACAAUCUGUUGCCCAGAUAAUACACAGUUUUAUGAAUGAACUACUCAUGAUGAAUCUGAAAAGUUACAUCGUUACAUAUACAUCUUACAUGAUCAAAAAAAUACACAAAAUUGGUGAUUUUAAUAAAGAGUUAGAGGAUCUUAACGAAGAAUUUCAAACAAGAACCAACAAUUUAGUGGUAACUAUUAAACCUCACAUGGAAACAGCUUCAUCGGAACUGUGGAGGUGUGACCCGAAAAAACAUGUAAAAGACGAAACUUACAUCGAGGUUACAAAUUUCCUCCACGGAAUCAUUUUAAACAAAGUAAAUUUAGAUCCAAACGAAAGAUGCAGUGAGGAAUGCGACGUUUUUACUUAUACAACAAAGUAUCAGUGUCAUGAUAAUAAGUGGUGUAAGCAUCAAACAACCUGCCCAAAAAUCAUCAAUUGUCACUACAUCGAUUCCUCGAUGGAGGUUUGUCGUUCCGAAGGCAUGUUUAAAACCAACAGAAGAUACGAUUACGUCAAAUUCGGAAACGGAAGACAUUUUGGAAGAAGCAAAACUUGCAGCAGAUCUAGAACAACUGGCUUGGAAACUUACCGAAACUGGUUGGUCUAUAAAUGCUCCUAUUGUUACUGUCUAUGUGAAGAAGGACCAAAAUUCUUUUCAGAAAGGUACAUCAACAUGCGUUUGACUGAGUCAAAUAAAACCGACAAUAAAGUUGUGACUGGUUUGCGCUUUGUCAAAAACCGCCAAGUCAUUCAUUUGCAAAUACAAGAAGGCACACUUCUUCCGUAUGGACAGAUUGAUCUUGACACCCUUCGGUGGGUCCCUGUUGAAGAUUAUAAAGUCACUAACAGCGUUUACCGUCCUGAUGUAGACUACUAUACCCUUAAGUGGGAGGAAAGAGAUUUCGAUUUAGCCGACAUUAUGGUUAAAGAAGGAAGUAUCGUGACAGGAGUUGCGUUUCGGAAAGUCGGUGCGCGUCUACAUUUGCAGGUUCAAGCAACUCCAUUCAAUUUCACAUCAGGUAAACUUAGAAACGCGUUUAGUGUUUUAGAAGAUGAUCCUGAUAUUCGUCGCAAACACAAAUUUGCAAAAGAAUUAAUACUUGAUAGGGUCGAUAUACCUAUUCGCUCUGAUUUACCUUCGGAUAAGUUUACAACGAAUAAAUAUGUAAAGUUUGUGAAUACUGGUUACGACAAAGAUGCUGGUCAAACGACGGUACCGUUCUUUGAUGCUCAACCUUUAGUAUCAGCAAUACCGGUACCGUUAAGAGGAGUUGGAGUCUUUCAUAAGGGAACUAAGGACUUCGGCGGAUUUAUUACCCCCAGAAUUUUCACUUAUAAUUUCACGAAGCAUUUACAGCCUAUUUUUCCUCAAGACACAAAGGAACGAUUACGCGUUGGUUAAUUUUAGUGUACAAAAUAUUUGUAUUGUGAUAUAAUCCUUACAAUAUUGGAUCAUUUAGGAUUAAGUAAAAUAUUUUUCUACA